GCUUAGAGGAGGGGGAGGGAGAGAAAGAGCAGGGGAGAUACCGGUAUAUAGGAUGUGAAAAGCCAUCCAGCCGUUGGACGGGGAGGACGCAACAAGAAAAAGAAGAUAGCAAAAAUAAAGUGAGAGUGGAGCCAUUUAUAACGGUUGGAACAACAACGGCAAGUCUGAGAGAGAAAGAGAGAGCUUGUUGUAAGAGACCAAGCAAGUUUGAACAGCUGGAUGUUAGCUACCAGAAAUUAAGCAGUUGGUUCGCCCGUUAUCACUUUGUAAUCAAAUAGGAGUCAACAGUGGGCUUUCGCGGAAGUGAUAACUAGCUAGCUUGAUACACUCUGGACUUUGGGAAAAAGCUGAGAGGUUUGGUUGGUUGAAUAUCAGUUGGACGAGUUGGUGACAAGCUGUGAUUUGGACUCACCUGCUAGGACUUCUACUCCGCCACCUCCAAACCCGGGAACACGGGGUUUGUAAAAAAAAAAAGAAAAGAAAAAAAAACACAACUUAUAGUAUCUGUGCAGCGAGCAGGAGGAGCAGGAGGAGGAGGAGAGGGAGAGUACGACAGGCACAAAGAGCGGAGAGCAUCCAGAGAGGGGAGGAAGGAGGACGGACAACAACAGAGCAUCCCUCUUUAAUGUGUGAUUUGUGCAGACAGCAUUCAGCCCAUUAACAUCAUCUGGAAACGGGAUCCUGAACGCUGUUUAUCCACCAAAAAGACUCGUCCAGCAUCGGUUGCACCUCUCCAGGGAUACCUGCUCCUGAUUAGUUUGGCCCUCAGCCCCUGCAGUACCCAGUCGUCCUCUCCACUCUGUCCCGAUGAAGGAGGCCGACGCCAUCAAGCUUUUUGUGGGGCAGAUUCCCCGGAAUCUGGAGGAGAAGGACCUCAAGCCUAUCUUCGAGCAGUUUGGCAAGAUCUAUGAGCUAACUGUGAUAAAGGACAAAUACACUGGCAUGCACAAAGGAUGUGCGUUUCUGACGUACUGUGCAAGAGAGUCGGCCCUGAAAGCCCAGAGCGCCCUACACGAGCAGAAAACACUACCAGGGAUGAAUCGGCCAAUCCAGGUGAAACCAGCUGACAGCGAGGGCAGAGGAGAGGACAGGAAGUUGUUUGUGGGCAUGCUGGGAAAGCAACAGAGCGAUGAAGACGUCAGAAGGCUGUUUGAGCCCUUUGGCAGCAUAGACGAGUGUACUGUGUUGAGAGGACCCGACGGCACCAGCAAAGGGUGCGCAUUUGUAAAAUUCCAGGGACACGCUGAAGCCCAGGCUGCAAUCAACAGCUUGCACGGGAGCCGCACAAUGCCUGGAGCGUCAUCCAGUCUGGUGGUGAAGUUCGCCGACACAGAGAAGGAGCGGGGGCUGAGGAGGAUGCAGCAGGUGGCCUCCCAGCUCGGCAUCUUCAGCCCCAUGACCCUCAACUUCCCCGCCUACAAUGCCUACACGCAGGCGGUCAACGCACAGCUUGUCCAACAGCAGGCCCUGGUUGCCCAGUCAGCGUACUUGUCUCCUGUGGCAACAGUUGCCGCUGUACAGAUGCAGCAGAUGGCGGCACUCAAUGCCAACGGAAUCAUUGCCACACCCAUUACACCCAUCACGCCGUCCUCGGGUACAAACACUCCACCAACUAUCGCAGCAACGCCUGUGCCAGCUCUCCCUCCGCCAAUAGGAGUGAACGGUUACAGCAGUGUGCCAGCCCCAACCAAUGGACAACAAGCAACAGAAACACUAUACACCAAUGGUGUUCACCCAUAUCAAGCUCAGAGUCCAGUAGCAGCACUGGACCCACUACAGCAGGCCUAUGCAGGCAUGCAACACUACACAGCGGCGUACCCUGCUGCCUACGGAUUGGUUGGGCAGCCGUUCCCCCAGCAGCCAACACUGGUUGCCCAGCAACACCAGCAGCCCCAGCAACAGCAGCAGAGAGAAGGUCCAGAGGGCUGUAACAUCUUCAUCUACCACCUGCCUCAGGAAUUCAGUGACUCUGAGAUGCUGCAGAUGUUCCUGCCCUUUGGCAAUGUCAUCUCGGCUAAGGUGUUUGUUGACCGUGCCACCAACCAGAGCAAAUGCUUCGGAUUUGUGAGUUUUGACAACCCAGCCAGCGCUCAGGCCGCCAUCCAGGCGAUGAAUGGCUUCCAGAUCGGCAUGAAAAGACUGAAAGUGCAACUCAAAAGGCCCAAAGAUGCCAACCGCCCAUACUGAGUGACAACUGAGAGGAGGAAGAAGAAUUAAAGAGAGGUGAACUUUCAGAGUCCAGUCGAGGUGGAAUCCCAGGGUGCAUUGUGCUUUCAGACCGUCUGCUACCUUUGAGCGUGCGGAGAGUGCAGCCACAUACAAACACACACACACACACACAUUCACACAGAUACACAUGCACUCUCAACACUGCAACUCGAACGGUACAAGGCUGAUAUACAAAUGUACAUAAAGUGCACAAACACACACACAUACAUACACACACACACACACACACACACACAUACCUGCUGACACAAAUACACACUGCUCACACGAGUCAGUAAUCUUACCCAUACAGCUGAGAGGUUGUCGGUUUGACCACGGUCUGUGUGGAGUUUGCCAACAGGGUGUUUAGUACAGUUAAGACAACUCAGACCAAGCGUGUGUGGAAGUUACUGAUGAAAAAUGCUGAUAUAUCACUUCAAUAGACUUUAAUGUGUCUAUACAUGUCUAUUACAUGACAAAUAUAGAGGGACCGAUGUUUCAUAAUAAAAAAAAUGAAAGAAAAUACAAAAAAGACGAUUAAAUGAGUAGGUUAGAGAGACUUUGGAGAAGAUCCUAAUGACCUGUAAAUAAUUUAGUUUACAAAGAGCAGCAUUUAAAAAACGAGAAAAAAUGCAAAAAGAAUACUACUUUAGAUAAACACAGAACAGGACACAGCGACAUUAUUAUUAUUAUUAUCAUUAUUAUUAUUAUUAUCAUUAUUAUUAUUAUUAUUAUUAUUAUUACCACUAGUAACAUCAUCAUCUUCAUAAAGGGAUAUUACAUUCCAAAUUGUAAAAUGGGAAAUCACUAACCUAUUUUAAAUUUCUACUUAGAUUUUAGGUGAAACACAGGGGAGGGGGGGAUUGCACUUUUAUUCGGGAGGUUUUAAUAUUUGAGCUAUUUUUUAUUUAUUUACUAAUUUAUCAAUUAUUUUGUUUAUUGGGAGAUGGGGUUUGAGUGGGUUGCAAUAUUUUGAUUUUAGAAUUUUCUAGAGAAAACCUUUUGAGGGCCUGUUUCUGUCAGACUCUUGCAAUCGAGUAAUUAUAAUGUAUGUAUUAAUUAUUACAGCAAUUAUAUUUAUUUCUAAUUUAUUGAAUCCUGUUUUUGAUCCACUCUCUUUUUAAGUUAAAA